AUGCUACUAAAGUUAACAGGCGGCUCACAAGAAUCACAUGUAUUUGUCUGGCUAAUGAACAUCAUGUUGGGCCUUUUCCUAUAUUUCUCCCUGCUCCUGUCGUCUUCGCUUGCCAUUCGGACUUUAAAGGAUGGACCCAUGAUAGACAAAGAUGGGAGAGAGUACAAGUCGCCCGUUAUGAAUGUCGAUGCCAUCAAUGCGAAGGAAAUCCAAUUCAGGUUCUCGCCUUCUGUACGUGUGACGUGCACGCCGACGUUGAUGGUGAUACACGUGAAGGCUGACUUGUAUGGGACGGGACAUCGUGUAGCUCCCGGAGAAAUUUUCCUGGGAGAUGUUAAGUAUUCAGGCCUCAGACAGUGCCAGGCCAUCCGUGCUGGUGACUCUGAACUGAUCAUCAAGGCUGGGCUUCAGCACUGUGGCACCGAGCUAUCCAUGACUCACGACUCCAUGAUCUACUCAAACCAGCUGACCAUUUCACCUUCUGUCCACCGUCACGGUAUCACAAGGAAGACUCAAAGUGUUGUUCCCGUUUCCUGCCACUACAAAAGGACAAAUGAUGUGAGCAGUCAGCCUCGAGUGCCACCUCAGCUUCAUGACUCAUCUACCAAAAGCCAAUCAGAGGCCUCUGCCUUCACCCUCAGGCUGAUGUCCGAUGACUGGACAAGACUGAGGCUGUCUAAUGUUUUCUACCUCGGAGAUGUGCUCAAUGUGGAGGCGGCAUACAACAGUCCUGUUCCAGAACAAAAACGACUCUUCAUUGAUAACUGUGUAGCAACUCUGAGCCCAGAUGCAACAUCAGUACCCCGAUACUAUCUAAUUGAAAACAAUGGAUGUUUGACAGACUCAAGACAGCGUGGAUCAAAAGCUCAUUUCCUGGCCAGGACAAGGGCGGAUGUACUCCAGCUGCAACUUGACGCUUUUCUGUUUCAGCAUGAUGAAAGGAAUACUCUGUUUUUAACGUGCCGACUGAAAGCCACCUCUGAAAUGUGGAAGAGCAGCCCUGUCAACAAGGCCUGCACUUAUGUGCAAUCAAGAUGGGAAGAUGUGGAUGGGAUGCCUGAUGUGUGCCGUUGCUGUGAUGGCACCUGCAAGCAAAAUGCCCCUAAACGUUUGAAGUCUGACGGUAAAAACACAUGUGACAUUGUCGUUCUGGGCCCUCUUGUGAUUCUACUCGACAAAUAA